GUAUCCUUCAGCGCGGUCUUCACAAACCUAGGUUCGAGUGGGAGACUGGGUCCAACUUCUCUUGGUAGUUACUACAGUGGACAGGAUCAUGACGGUCAAGUUAUAUUGCUCAGCGGUAUUCAACAAUGGACUGUACCACGAACAGGUGACUACAGAAUAGAGGCAAUAGGAGCUGCAGCGGGGUACGACACCCAAAGUAGCGGAGGGAUAUAUCGAGGGAGAGGCGCUAGAAUGAAAGGGACUUUUCACUUAUUUAAAAGCGAAACCAUUCAGAUACUCGUGGGUCAAGAGGGUGGAAUCAACAAGUAUGAUUCGACUGCUGGAGGCGGUGGAGGUACAUUUGUAGUCAGAGGAAGGAGCACGCCUUUGAUAGUAGCUGGAGGAGGCGGAGGCAUGGAUUAUUCAAGAUCAAGACAUACAGAAUGUGAUGCUUCCACGGGCACAGCAGGGAGAGCUGGGUAUUUGUCAUGGUCAGGAGGAAGCGGUGGAUACGGAGCUCAAGCCUUUGGCAACAGCGAUUCAGGUUAGUGAAAUGCAUGACGAACAUUUCAAUCGCUAACACUUGUAAAAAAAAGUCCCAUUUUUUUCAGUUGUGUGGGUGUGUUCGAGCAACUCGCUCGCUACACGAUGAGGUACCAGGAAUCUGAUUUACAUCUUGCCUUUAUUCUUCUUAAUCUUCUAACUCUUCCACUUUUUCAUUAACUUACUUCUCCUACUUCUACUCUACUUCUCUACUUCUACUCUAAUUCUCCUACUUCAGGUAUAGUAGCUGUUUUAAUAGCCAAAGCUGGACAUGUUUGGGUUAGCUGACCGGAAGAGUUUCUAUUGUAUACCUUAUCCCUAACAUUGCAACAGGUUUGCUAUUGUUAGGGAAUAGAUUAGCCUACGCACAGCCGCAACUAAUAAGUACCAAAGGACGAAGGUCAGCCAGCCCUAACACCACAAACACGACCACCUGUUAAAAACUAACAUCUGACAGUGCCAAGCGAAUAACAUUCCUAAUGUGGCAAUAAGUAAAUUCGCCAGCUAAGCAUAAAUUAAAGUACAAGUAAAAACAAAAGAUCAGAACAGGAAAACAGUACGUGGACAAAAACAAGACUUAAGGAAACAAAAACUAAACUUAAAAGAUAAGAUAGAUCUGUCUUAAAAAUAACUAUCAAAAUACUUCACAACACAGGUUAGCAGAUGAAAUCAUGACUGGGACGAAAACCAGGGGAUGUUUCUUUGUACAAAUGAUAACAAAAUAUUGCUUAGCAAGGCUCGUAAUAAAAGGUUGCCGCAACUGCCAUGAAGAAAAUGGCGUAGCAUUCGUUUUGUAGUUACAGAAGAGCUGUAGUUGGGGGCGGUAAUAAUAGCUGGAAUUGUACACUCGAGGCAAGAAUAUCGCUCGAAGCCUUCUUUUUUAAUUACAACCAAUAGGAUAACCUUAAUAUUUUUCAAAACGUUUUCCUUCUACUCGCAGUCAGAAAAUGUCUGAAGAUCAGACUUUUCAAGUUCAGAUCAUUGUCUCAAAUCUUACUAAUGUGCGUAGUAACGGCAUUAAAGAACGCUUGACUUCAUGAAACCAGAAAAAAAAAAUUAAAUGCAAUAUGAUUACUUAAGCUUACCGGUCGAGAUGCAGCUCGUGAAAGCUAUUAAAUAACGCCAGAAUAGCUUAAGACUUUUCAACGCUCUUACGCGUCCAUCAAGGCGAAAUAAGCUUACUAAGAAUACAGUAGCUUAUUUUUGAAACGAUGAUUCCCGAUUACUUUUUGCCCAACCCAAUAAACAAGCCAGCCAAUAAUGACAAAAUAAUCUUGAUAGCAGCUGUAUUUCUCUUUGAAGAUCCAGCGCUAAAAGAAGGUUAAAACAUGAUAAGAUGACACAAAACUGUGUCAGCUUCAGCCAUCAGUAAACAAGUGUCCAGAUACUGCAUAAAUUUUCCACAUGAAUCCUCGCGUAAGCUUUCGCCUGUUAAUUCUUGCUUUACCUGUUAAAAACCUUCUUGAUGUGCUCUUUCGUGUGUUUAGGUCUUCUAAAGCGUCUUUUAAUGCCCUGACAUCUUUAUUCAUAACAUUUUAAAACUUCCGUGGCCAUCUUGGCACUGAGACGUCCGGAAGGUUGCCAUGGCAAUUUUGUAUUUUCACAUGUGAAAUGAUAAAUUAACGCCGAAAGCUCGCUCCAAAAUUAUUUUACGUGAAUAACCUAUCAUCAUGAGCCAAAAGUUUUCUUUCAAUAAUAAACAGGCAACAAUGUUAACUGUAUUUAUGAGCUUGUCUUGCGUCUAACCCCAAGGCCUAACCCUUCGCUAGAUGAUCUUGAUGCUCUAGGGAAAUCCCGUAUUUAAUAAUAUAAGUUUGAAUAGAAAAGGAGAGACGCUUUCAAAGUCAUGCUAUUUGCUUGAUUGCUAGUGCAUGCUUCUCUAGCUUUAACUUGGAUAUUUUUUUUCCAGGUGGCGGCGGUGGUGGCUUUUACUCCGGUGGGAGAAGCUCAAAGCAGUUCGGGGGUUCAGGGAAUGGCGGAGAAGGAGGCAAAGGAUUUCUUCAAGGGGGAGUGGGUGGAAGAGCCUGGUACAACAAUAUCGAAGGAGGGUUUGGAGGAGGUGGUGGUGCUUAUGGACGCGGAGGAGGUGGUGGAGGUGGCGGAGGCUACUCUGGAGGAGGUAGCGGUGUAAAUAUAGCGGAUGCCUGCGGAGGAGGGGGAGGAUCCUACAGCGCUGGAAAGAAUCAGCAAAAUGAAUGUUGUUACAAUACAGCUGGACAUGGUCAGGUGACCAUAACAUUAAUAUAG